CGGUGGAGUGGUUGUAGUUGUCUCGUUUUUGCCAAGAAGAGAAAUAAAGUUCGACAAGUUCUUCAUCUGCCUCCUCCUUGUUUUGCCGCCAGCAGAGCAGAGCCUAUGAGCUUGUUACCAGCAAACGAGCCGAAAUAGACACCAGCCUGUUCUGGACUUACCAAGCUGCUAACCAGCAGGGUGGAUCAAACCCAAGCUGGGACCGAUGCAGAACGGGGAGGUUAUGAGCCCGCAGGACUCCAAGGCAUUGGGGGAUGAGGCCAUGAAGGACCACAAGGCCCCUUGCCAGAAUCAGGGAUGCAUGGAGCCCACAGCUCCUCCACUUCCUCCCCCAUCACCGCCAUCAGCAGGGCCACCAGAGUACCCGAGACCCAGGCUUAUCUUCCACACCCAGCUGGCUCAUGGGAGCCCAACAGGGCGCAUUCAUGGAUUCACCAAUGUCAAGGAACUGUAUGCCAAGAUUGCAGAGGUGUUCAACAUCUCUCCGUCAGAGAUCCUUUUCUGUACCCUAAACUCUCAUAAAGUGGACAUGCAGAAACUUCUUGGAGGACAAAUUGGACUGGAGGAUUUCAUCUUUGCUCAUGUCAGAGGGGAAACAAAAGAAGUGGAGGUGACAAAGACCGAGGAUGCAUUAGGUCUCACUAUCACAGACAAUGGAGCUGGAUAUGCUUUUAUCAAGAGAAUAAAAGAGGGCAGCACCAUUGACCGACUGAAGGCUGUUUGUGUCGGUGACCACAUCGAAGCCAUUAAUGACCAGAGCAUUGUAGGAUGUCGACACUAUGAGGUCGCCAAGAUGCUAAAGGAGCAACCAAGAGGCCUCCCUUUCACUCUUCGCCUUGUGGAGCCCAAGAAAGCCUUUGACAUGAUUGGAAUGAGAACUAAAGCGCCAAAAUCUAAUGAGGGAAAGCUGGUGAACGGGAGAGAGACUCUUCGGCUUCGGUCUAAGGGGGCGGCUACAGUUCAGGAAGUGCAGAGUGAAUUUGAAGAACAGGCCACAAGGAAAGUGGACGAUCUCUUGGAGAGCUAUAUGGGGAUCAGAGACCUGGAGCUGGCAACCACCAUAGUGGAAGCAGGCAAGAACAAGAAGAACCCUGAUGACUUUGCUGAGGCCCUGGAUUCUGUUCUGGGAGAUUUUGCUUUUCCUGAUGUGUUUUUGUUUGAUGUUUGGGGAGCCAUUGGAGAUGUUAAAAAUGGCAGAAUUUAGAUAUUAACACCAUUGAGAGUAUUAUAUCUGUUUAUUGGUAAAUCCAGUUGCACAAAAAAGAACAUAGUUGUUUUAGUCCUUGGUUGAUUUUUUUUGUCACUUUCCAACAUAAUCACAAGGAUCAUCAUAAAUUCAACAAUCUUCCUUUGGGCUUUUGAGUGUGCCCCCAGAGGAUCAUCACUGUAACACUGUAACACAAAAUAAAUGCAACACAGAAAACUCAGAAGUACUUUGAAAUUCCUUUCUACUUCAUGUGCAUUCACAUUUUUAUGUUUAUAUCAAAACUUACAAAACGUUUAGGCCCCUCCCUCUAACACAUAUGGGCCAUCAUAAAAACACUUAAAAUUAGAUAGUAGACAUCAACAAACAAUCUAGGAAUCUAAGAAGUUAAAAAAUACCAGUAAACUAAAAUUCCCCAGUAGAAACCUGCAGGGCACAACAAAACACAAAUGUUUUUGAGUAACUUCAAAGGUAGGCAGUGAUGUGUUUAAGGACAAUGAGGAAAGGUUACACAUUUUCCGUUUCCCAAAUUGUAACUAAACUAUUCUGAGAGGAAAGAAAAUGGGUAAUGUGCUAGGUCUUUGGUUUCUUGUAGCAUGGAUUAGACAGCUGUUUUCAGUCUGAGGAGUGGUUCUGCUUCUGCUGUUGCUGUAUUGUUUUCAGCACAUGUGUGCCAUGUGCUUGGCAAAAUAGAAAAAAGAGCUGAGGAAAAAAAGAUUUAUUUACAAAUUAUUUUCUUUCUACAAAUACUAUACCUCUUUGGACGUAUACCAUCCCUGUAGCACGUGACUAAAAAGAUCUUGAAAAUAAAGUAUCUGCUCAGACAUUAAUCCAAUUUAUGGGAAAAAUAUAAUACCAGUGGGAAUAUUCCCAGCUAAAUGACCCUGCUCUGUGAAACAGAUUAUCUGUCAUGAUCAACCAAACAGGAACUCAACCCUUACUUCCCUUGACAAAAUGAGGAGAUCAAAGGAGUUUGUGUAUCCAUUUGAUCUUCUGCGCUUGUAAAAGAUUUUGCACUGUUUGUAUAUGAACUGAAAAAUGAGAACAUUCAUGUCUACUCCUAUUAAAAGAACAUGUAUUAACAUGGUCUCUUGAAUUUGCCUAUUUAUGUACUUUUUAUACACAGAAUACAAAUACACCGCUAUUGUUUGUUGCAGAGACUAUAUUAUACUGUGUCAUGGUUCACAUCACUGGUCAGUUUUCACUGAGUAAAUAGAACCAUCAGAGCAAGUAUUUGUAAUCCAGGGAGAGUAAAGCUCUAUUUAACUAAAAUGCCUUGAUGACUCACAAUCAGACAUCUAUUAACUUGAUAAGUAUCGGUGCAGUUUGUCAACUUUUAAAUAAUAUUAAAAACAGCAUCACAAACCAUGAAAUGUUAAAGUCUAAAAGUUACCCUGAAUUUAGUAUUUUUAUUUUUACAAAACAGAUUUGUGCAUAUUGUAGAUUUUGUUUUUAUCUGACAUAGCCUUGCACUCUUGAGGCAACCAAAAGAAUUAUUAAAGUCAAAAAUGGGUGCAGAAGCAUUUGAUAAACAACAACAAAAAACCUAACAUGCACAAACUAAAUUGUAAAUUCACAACAAUAAACAUUACAUUUUGUUUCAUUUAUUUAUUUAGCUUGACAACUGUGUAAGUGCUUUUCAAAGUUUAAUUAUGUGGCAAAACACUAAACAUGACCAAUCUUUCAGAGCCCCUGCUCUGUACUUUUGUGACAUUUUAGGAAUCUACAGUUUAUGUAGGGGCUGUAUUUGUUGAUAAAAAAUUGCUUAUAUUGGCCUUGAACUAUGCAAUGUUAAAUAUACAUGUAAUUUAUUUUCCAGUAAUAAAGGUUUACCUUUGGAGAUUUCAUUUGAUAGUAUCAUUAAUAAAUAACUUAAUAUUAAAGAUCUGAAAACUGAAAAUUGGUGGCAGUUGUAAAUGUUUUUUCCCUGUAUCCAAUCCUUGAUUAAAAAAAAGAAAAAAGAAGAACUAAAUCCCCCAACCUUUUAUUUGUCCAGUUUGUUCUAUGAGUUUGUAAGUCUAAUUACCAUAUUCUAAGCUACUAUUCCAGCCUUGGCAUUAAGCUGAAUCAAAUUUCUUUUACAUACUUUUAAUGAAACUGAUAAAUGAAAAUUCUGAUACGGUUAUUGAUUCAACAAGAUCCAAAUAUUUUGCCAAAAUCUAGAAUGUGAGGCCUUUAGUCAAAGUCAUUCAAAACUAAAAAUUCGUGCAAACGUAAUUAUUUGUAAAAAGCUAUUAUUCAUGUAGCAAUGUAAUUGUUAGCAUAACAAAUGUGUCCCUCAUAGUAUUUUUAUCUGAAAGAUACAAUUCUUUUGUACUUUGAUCAGAACUGCACACCAAUACCGAGAAGUAGACGUUAAGGCAAAA